AUGCCAGCUCAUCACCAUUUUAACCUCCGUGUGAUACUCCUCUGUGCCAACGAGCGAUAUCGUGUUAUUGCAGAGUCUUUCCGCGAGAACCUCCGCUUAUCGCAUCACGCACGGAAACGGGCUCAAGCCAAGGGUCUCAAAAUCGAUACUGCUAAAGCUACUCGAUGCCCUCAGAAACUUGUUUCCGUGCUUCCGUUGCAUGAGAUUGACACUUCAGUAAGCCCGACUAUCAACAGGGCUGCCUCGGAAGACUUGCUCCCAGUGAUUCCUGCUGCACAACGCCGCCCUGUUAUCCCUCGUAUCACCAUCCCCGCACCGUCAGCUCCCAGGCCUGUUAUGGGAUCUGAUGUAUCAGUGUCGAGGAUGGCAGUUGGCCCUAGCAAGAUUUUUGCUCCUGUCGCCUUACGUGGUCAGGGUAAUCCUUGGCGUGGCCCUACUUCCAGGUUUUCCAUCACUCCGAACAACGAGCUAUUCCAGGUCAAUCAGCCUGUCAUUCCGGAUGUCCCUCAAGAUAUGACGGAGGCUGAAGACGAUGCCUCUUCCGGUUCUUCUGAUGCAUCCUCCUCUGGUCCUUCUACCCCUGAUGAUUUCUCGUCGCUGAUGAUACGAUUCAAGCGCAAGUCGCUUGAAGUCGAAGAUGAGUCCGCUGCUUUUGAAAAGCGACCUAAGGCACUAUGUACGCAAGGAAUGGUCUCAACCUGA